AUGCUGAAAAACGUUUUUGCGAAAGGAAAAUGCUGCAAGAAGUUUCUACGACUGAACGAGCGGCAUAUUCAUAACAGCCACUUGAACAAAUCGCUCAAAAACAGAUAUAACGAAAGGGUGAGAGAUAAGUACCUGGAUAACAUUUACAACAAUGAAAUUAACGUUAGCACGAUAAGUAAAAACAUAAAAAACAAGAAGGUUGACUACUUGAGACAGCUGAUUUAUGAUGAGGCCGAAGGUGAUGAGUAUCUGCUGGACGAGGCAAUUUUGGAGGAAGUAAAAAGGAAAAAAGGGAAAGGCAUCACACAUGGCAAGAACAGCAGCAACAGCAAUAGCAACGGCAAUAGCAGUAGCGGGGGGGCUGGGGGAGGUUCGUGCGCCCCCCUCGAGCAGGGCAAGGCAGAAAUGAGCGAAUCCAAGUACAAGCAAGCGAUAAGAAUGUACAAUUUGUUGAAGUUAACGGACAAAGCUAACAUCUUCGAUGAGGAUGUUUUUAUGAACAUAGAUAGCAAAAUUAAUCACGACGUUUAUCAAUUUUCCCAAAAAAAUAUUCUACACGAUGGUGACAAUAAAGUGGAAGACUCGGCAACCAGUAAGAGAAGCAGUUUUAUAGAUGGUCGAAUGGUGGAUAAUCAGAACAGAAAUUUGUCCUCCGCCCUGCCCAUGGAAAACAAGAUAGAAACCUCACCCUAUAACGAACCGGGUAGUGAGGCCAACCUAGACGAUAGCAAUUUUAUGAGUAUUACCAAAAUGAACCUCCCCAUAUUCAACCCAUCUAGCUUUUGUCUAGCCAUAGAAAGUUUAACGAACCAUAUAUGUGACGAUUUAAUUUACUUAUUUGGGGACCUUAUGGAAGAAGAAAAACUACCUAAAAAAAACGAAAAUGAUAGACUAUACAAAUUUAUGAACUGUUUAUGUGAGUUUUUUUCCCUAGAAAAAAGAGAAACUGAUGUAGAUAGAUGGAUGGACGAGGUGUACAAGAAAAUAAAACCUAAAUUGCCAUCCGCCUUUCAAAGUAUGAAAGACGAGUAUGUCCAAAAGUGGAUCAAAGAACACAUUAAGAGAGUCCUAGAGAAUGAAAAACGAAACAAUCAAAUGCUAUAUAAAGAAAAAUAUUACAAUUUGGGUAACGAUUUUGCUUAUGAUAACUUACCCAUGAAGGAAAACAGCGGAGGGGAUCAUAAAGCUGAAUUUUCCACCGAAAAACUAACAUACUAUUUUAAAACCAUCGUUGAAUUUUUCCUGGAGAAAAAAGUGGACACCAAUUUGGAAGAGCAAUUAAAUAUGAUGUUUUUAAACUUAAAAAAAAUCGGACUAGAUAACUGGCUCAAAAUGGACGUAAAAGAUUUUGAAAAAUAUCUCCUCAGAAAUAACAACUCCAACUUUUUGCAAAUAACAGAAAAUGACAAGUACGUUUCGUACUUGAUGUUAAAAUGUGCGAGUCGGAACAUUACAGACUUUUUUUUUUACGAUGAAUUUUCUCCCUUUCAUCUUUUUAAUGAGAAACCCAAAUUUUCCAUUGAGGAUAAAAUAAACGCUUUGCAGCCGAAUAAACACAUACCAGACGAUGAGUUAAAAAAAAUGAUUUUCUCCAACGAGUCUGCUGUAACGAUCGUAAGUAAAAAGAACUUUGGCGAUGCUCAUCACGACAUGGAUAUUGAUCUGUUUCUUGAAAAGGAAAAAAAGUACAAUAUGAACAGAUCCUUAAUCACCUACACUUUUGACGAAAGCACUGAUUCGUACAGUUACAAGUAUAAGCAAAUUCCAAACACUAUUUACGACCAUAAUACGAAUAAGUAUAUAAGGGAAAAGGAAACUAUUGACCCCAUGCUGAAAUUAAACGAAAUGAGGUCCUCCAUUUUGGAAGUUAAACGCAUGAUGAGCAUGACAAAAGAUGGACGCGUGUACUACAUAAGAAUCAUCAUCGUGAUCGGGAACGGCAAGGGCGUUUAUGGCUACGGCGUGGGUUUCGGAAAAAACAUUAAGGAAGCAAGAAACAGUGCCCUGCUGAAUUCGAUUAGUAACCUAGAUUUUAUAGAUUACAAUUAUAAGAACUGCGUUUUAAAUUUUCCAGUCAGUGGACAAGAAUAUUCUUCCCAUGUUAAAAUAAUUCCUAGACCGCUAGGCAGAGGAUUGAAAAUCAAUAGGAAGUACCUCCCGUUAGGCUACAUACUUGGGUUAGAUAAUGUCAAGAUCUCCUUCAGUGGCAGUAACAAAUGGAUGAGUAGAAUUAAAGCACUUAAGAGAUGCCUUAACAAAAUUGUAUCUAUUAAAACGUUAUGCAAAAUGACGGGGAAAAAAUACGUAUGUCAUUUUGCACCUCAUUAUUGUACCAGCCACUGGCCAGACUACUGGUUUAAAAAUGUUUUAAAAGAAUACAAAUAUAAAAUUCAAAGAAUCCAGAAAAAAAGAGCCAUGGUAUGCAGAAAGAAUUUCAGAUCCAACAUUUCCAAAAUACCUGAGGAGGUCCGGCCCGACUUCACCCCCUACACGUGGAAGACGCCGAUACAGAAGCAUGUCGAGUCGCAGAAGAUGAAGAAGUACAUCGAUAACAACGUCUACCACGUCAACGUCUUUUGA